AUUGUCCGUGGGAGUGUUCGUGCUCCUUCUGCCCCCCUCCUGCCCUGCUCCACGCAAACGGACCGUGCCGUGAAGCGUGACCUGCACUCGUCAUCGCACCAUCACAUCACCACGGCAGCAGCACAAAGGAGAGGACACGACCAGUACGACAGAGUGUGACAGUGCAGGAUGGUGAACCAAGUCCAACGCAGUGAUGGCAGCUGGGGCAGCCGGAGUGACUCCAGCGCAGCCAGUAACAGCGGCGGGGACAGCUCCAAAGAAAGCUCCCGUUGCUCCACCCCGGUGCUGGACGGGACCCGUGCAGACAGGCUCAGAGACAAGAUGCGUAGGAGAAUGGAGUCUGGCGACAACUGGUUCUCCCUGGAGUUCUUCCCCCCACGCACGGCCAGCGGAGCAGUCAACCUAAUCUCCAGGUUUGAUCGCAUGGGCUCCGGGGGGCCCCUGUUCAUUGACAUCACAUGGCACCCUGCUGGAGACCCUGGCUCUGAUAAGGAGACAUCUUCCAUUAUGAUCGCUAGCACUGCUGUCAACUACUGUGGCCUGGAGAGUGUGCUCCACCUGACCUGCUGCAACCAGAGCAAGGCCAACAUCACCGCUCACCUGGCCAAGGCCAAGCACCUGGGUCUGAAGAACAUCAUGGCCCUCAGAGGAGACCCAGUGGGAGAGGACUGGGAGGAGGAGGAAGAAGGCUUCAAUUACGCCAUUGAUCUCGUCAAACUCAUCCGCUCAGAGUUUGACGAUUACUUUGACAUCUGUGUUGCCGGUUACCCCACUGGGCACCCGGAGGCAGACAGCUAUGAGGACGACCUGAGGCACCUACAGGAGAAGGUGGCCGCUGGGGCAGACUUUGUCAUCACACAGCUCUUCUUCAGAGCAGAGACCUUCCUAAAAUUUGAGGAGGACUGCAGGGCCAUCGGGAUCACCUGUCCCAUCCUGCCUGGAAUCUUCCCCAUACAGGGUUAUCAGUCUCUUCGGCAGCUGGUCAAGCUGUCCAAACUGGAGGUUCCAGAAGAAAUCACCAAAGUGAUUGAGCCCAUCAAAGACAAUGAUGCAGCCAUCAGGAACUAUGGCAUCCAUCAGGCGGUGGAGAUGUGCCGUGUGCUGCUGGACAGUGGCAGGGUCCCAGGUCUGCACUUCUACACUUUAAACAGAGAGGUGGCCACCAUGGAGGUGCUGAGGCAGCUGGGGCUGUGGCAGGAGGACCCCAGGCGGCCCCUACCCUGGGCAGUCAGUGCUCAUCCCAAGCGGAAAGUGGAGGAUGUGCGUCCAAUCUUUUGGGCAUCCAGACCCAAGAGCUACAUCUACAGGACUCAGGACUGGGAUGAGUUCCCCAACGGACGCUGGGGUAAUUCCUCGUCUCCUGCCUUCGGGGAGCUGAAUGAUUAUUACCUGUUCUACCUGAAGAGCAAAUCCUCCAGAGACGCUCUCCUGCAGAUGUGGGGAGAGGAGCUGCACAAUGAGCAGAGCGUGUUUGAGGUCUUCACGAAUUACAUUGCUGCACUGCCCAACUGCAAGGGCCACAAGGUGCUCUGUCUGCCCUGGAACGACGAACCUCUGGCCCCUGAGACUAACCUUCUGAAGAACGAGCUGGAGAAGAUCAACCAGAGAGGAGUCCUGACCAUCAACUCCCAACCCAACAUCAACGGAAAGCCCUCCACUGACCCCAUCGUGGGCUGGGGGCCUCCAGGGGGAUACGUGUUCCAAAAGGCUUAUCUGGAGUUCUUCACAUCCAGCGAGAAUGUAAAUGCUCUGCUGAAAGUGCUGAAGAAGUACGAGCCCCGUGUCAACUACCACAUCGUCAACGUCCAUGGUCGAAACCUGACCAAUGCUCCAGACAUGCAGCCCAACGCCGUCACGUGGGGCAUCUUUCCUGGACGGGAGAUUGUCCAGCCCACUGUGGUGGACCCGGUCAGCUUCAUGUUCUGGAAGGAUGAGGCCUUUGCUCUGUGGAUUGAACAAUGGGCCAAACUGUACGAAGACGAAUCACCCUCUCGCAUGAUCAUCAAGUACAUCCAUGACAACUACUUCCUGGUCAACCUAGUGGACAACGAUUUCCCCCUGAACAGCUGUCUGUGGCAAGUGCUGGAGGACAUGUUUGAGCUGCUCCGGUCAGACCUGGGUCCUCUGGACACCAAGGAGUCCGAGGAGCCACAGGACCCGGCACUGAACCAGGAGGCAGUGCCUGAGUGAUGCUGCAGUUAUGUGGUGCUUAUAAACUCCAAGAGAAUGUUGGUCAUAGAU